AUGUCUCUGCUCAAAGUAUCUGGAACAAAGAUCGUCGAUGAGGAGGGUAAAGAGGUCAUUCUGCGAGGAGCAGGUCUAGGUGGUUGGAUGAAUAUGGAGAAUUUCAUUUCAGGAUACCCUGGCUGUGAAUUCCAGAUUCGCGAAGCAUUGGCCGAUACUAUUGGACAAGAAAAAUCCGAUUUCUUCUUCGACAAGUUCUUGGAAUACUUCUUCAUGGACGCCGACGCAGCCUUCUUUAGCAGCCUCGGGCUGAACUGCAUCAGGCUCCCUUUUAAUUACCACCACUUUGAAGACGAUAUGAAUCCCCGCGUUUUGAAGGAAUCUGGAUUCAAGCACCUCGAUCGAGUGAUCAACCUCUGUGCGCAGCACAAGAUAUACACCAUCUUAGAUCUGCACGCCACUCCUGGCGGACAGAAUACCGACUGGCAUUCUGACCAUGGAGGACAUAUUGCGAAUUUCUGGAACCACAAAGACUUUCAGGACCGCACCGUAUGGCUCUGGGAACGCCUCGCCGAGCACUACAAAUCCAACAAAUGGAUCGCAGGCUACAACCCCAUGAACGAGCCCACCGACUCCAAACACAUCCGGGUCGUCUCCUUCUACGACCGGAUCCACAAGGCCAUCCGCGCCAUCGACCCAGACCACGCCAUCUUCUUCGAUGGCAACACCUUCGCGUCCGAUUUCAGCCACUUUGGCGACAUCCACAAGCAGUGGGACAACACGGCCUAUGCGAUCCACGAUUACUCCCUCUUCGGCUUCCCCGCCCCGCCGGAAGACUACGUAGGUAGCGAGCCGCAGCUGCACAGACUCAGGCGGAGCUAUGAGAAGAAGCGAGAGUGGAUGGACCAGCGCGGGCUUUGCGUGUGGAAUGGCGAAUGGGGCCCCGUCUACGCCAGGAGGCAGUACGACGGAGACGCCACAGACGCCAUCAACACCAUGCGCUACAAAGUCCUCAAAGACCAACUCGAUAUCUACAACAAGGACCGUCUCAGCUGGACUAUCUGGCUGUACAAGGACAUCGGGUACCAAGGGAUGGUCUACGUGCCCCAGGAGACGCCGUACAUGACGCUCUUCAAGGACUUCCUCGCCAAGAAACACCGUCUUGCCGUUGACGCCUGGGGCACAGACGAUUCUGCCGUUCGACACGUCUACCAGCCACUGAUAGACCACAUCAACAAGGAGAUCCCGCCCAAGUUCCGCGAGCUCUACCCCUUCCCUGUGUGGAAGCUCGACGCACGCGUGGGCAGGCUCGCGAGGAACAUCCUCGUUGCAGAGUUUCUCGUGCAGGAGUGGGCGGAUCACUUCAUCGGGAAGGAUAAGGAUGAACUCGAUCGCAUUGCUGCCAGUUUCAGGUUCGACCACUGUGUGAAGAGGGAGGGGUUGAACAACAUCUUGAUGGAGAACGCGAAACUCUUCGAGUAG